AUGGAUUCAGAGGAGAUCAAGGCACGACUGGCUAAGGAGCUAAAGGAAUAUCGGAGCCUCAUACAGGGCAGAGACCUGUACGAUUAUAUGGGACAUCGCGUGGUGGAGUCCCGAACAACGAGCGGUAACUUAGUCGCUGUGAAGAAGGGUGAGAAGGGGUCAUUCAGGCAAUCGGAAGCUGAAAUGAUGCAGUAUGCCCAUGAAAAAGGCAUUCUCACGCCUCGUGUGCUCGGUGUCUACUAUGUGAAGAGGGGUGUCAUAGCCAUGGUCACUGACCGGGUGCCUGGCGAUUCGCUUGAUAAAGUCUGGCAUACCUUGACCGAGGCAGAAAAGAAGAAUGUUGAACUUCAGCUUAAGCAGCAGGUACAAGAGAUGCGGAAACACACCCAGCCAUAUAUUGGUCGUAUUGGCAAUAUCAAGACGUACAAUUUUUUCGACCGCCUGCAUGAUAAUGACAUGGGUCCCUUCUCCUCGGAGGAGGAGUUUGAUGAUUGGUGUUUAACCAGAGUGAAAUUUGCCAGAGUGAAGUUCCCUUACUACCAAAAGUUCUGGAAGCACUACGUGCCUAAAAUGAGGAAUGAGAAGUCGUCGAAGUUCGUUUUGACGCAUGGCGAUCUGGCUGCACGAAAUAUUAUGGUCAAAGAUGGCCAGCUCACUGGCAUUGUCGAUUGGGAAUACAGUGGAUUCUUUCCCGAAUACAUGGAGUAUGCCUUGGCAACGGUCAUUCAUGAAUCUGUAGAGGAUUGGUGGCUUCCCGUGCUGAAAAGGGUGCUGGAGCCAUCUGGGUUCCUGCGAUCCAGAUUCAUCGCUACAAUUAAGAAGCGAGGAUUGUAA